AGUAGCCUGUCUAUGUUCUUCAUCAACCAAGUGCUAAUUGGUUGGUCAAAACACACAUUCGACAGAACAUAUUUAACUCUUUUGUGGUCAGUUAAAGACUAAAAGCAUUUGGAGAAAACAAUUUAGUUGCAAUUAACCACUCAACAUGUUCAAAGGUAGUAUUUGCAAACAAUUUAUAUUGCUUGCAUAUUUAUUUGUCAUGCUUUGGGUUACGGGAGAUUUCAGAUUGAUGAGGCAGAAACGUUUUCUAAUAUUUCCUCGGCAGGCACCCACAAGACAUCAGUUCAUUGGUGGUAUAGGUAUACCCGCUGAUUUGGCCUAUGAAUCCCUGACAAUUGGCUACGUUCUGAAAGCUAUGUAUUGGCUACCGUUUAAUGAAACACAUUUUCGUGAAAAUCCCUAUUUUCCAGAGUAUAAGGAUGGUUUCUACAAUUUAAAUACCAGUGCAUUUUUAUCACAUCGAAGUCGGCGUUCUACUUUGCGUUGGGAUAUUUAUGAUAUUUUAAGUGAUCGUUUAGAUAGCUAUGGAUACCGAGGUCAAGAGUGUGUAAUGAUGGCAAUAUGUGAAGCAAAUGCCUUGACUUUUGUAAGGCACUAUGAUGUCUUUGGCGAAUUGAUGCAUAUACUCUUCAGUCCAUCUACAUCUCAUGAUUUGGAAGCCGAUUUAAGCCAAAAUUAUAGGGAGGCAGAAAAAGUUGGAUCUUCAAGUGGUGAUUGUACAAUAUACGAUUGCAAUUUUUCAAUAAUGGAAUUAAUUUCGAAAACUUUCAAAAUAAAUUGAAAUAUUUGUAU